AUGGCGCAACAAAUCAACAUUCUUCUGUCGUCCUUUCCAGGACUGGCGCUGCCACCGACCCUCUCAUUCUCACUUCCGAUUACAUCAACCGUCACCGAUCUCACAGAAAGAAUCGAGCACUAUCUACCAGAAUCACUAAAGCGCAGCGCGGCGAAUCUCACACUUACAACAAUCGGGAACAAACAGCUUUUGCCAGAGUCUUCACUACCCAUAUCAUCUCUUUUCUCAACCAGUCAGAAUGCAUUGUCCGAGUAUAAUCUGCUACCUCUUCGUCUAUCCGUGCCUCUGCGAGGUGGAAAAGGUGGUUUCGGCUCUCAGCUCCGUGCCGCUGGUGGUCGCAUGUCCAGCAAACGCAAGCGCAACCAAGGCGAAAAUAACGGCUCAAACCGCAACCUCGAUGGGCGACGUCUUCGCACCGUCAACGAGGCCAAGGCUCUCGCCGAAUACCUAGCUGUGAAACCCGAAAUGGACAAGAAAGAGAAAGAAGAACGACGACGGAGAUGGGAGGCUAUAGUUGAGAUGGCCGAAAAGCGUACUGAAGAAAUCAAAAAUGGUGGUGGGAAGAAUCGCUUGGAUGGACAGUGGAUGGAAGACAGAGAAGAAAUGAGCGAGAAGGCGCGCGAAGCUGUUCUUGCUGCAAUGAAGGAUGGUGGCUGGAAUGAUAGUUUGCGCGAUGCUAUUAUGGGUGGGUCGAGUACGAGUGCCAGCGAGGGAAACUCUAGUCAAGAGGAUGAGAGCGAGAGUGCGGAGGAUGAGGAUGAGGAUAAGCCAGAGAGUUCUGCUCCGGCCCCGUCUUCUUCUAAGCCCGCUACAUCGCGGAGAUUUAUAGGAUUCGACGACGACGAUGAGUUUAUGAGCAGUGAUGAAGACGAGGGCGCUGAAGAUGGUAAAGACAAGGGCAAAGGACACUCAAAUGAGCCGGGCUUCUAUAGCCGAACUCGCAAAAAGGCGAAGCAACAGUGGCAUAAGAAGCAGCAAGCUAUUGCCAAAGAGCAGCGCGAAAAUUCAGCUCAAGAUGGCGAGGGUACGGACGAUGGGGCUACCAGUGCAGCGUUAGAUACAGAAACAACUUCAAAAGACCUCGAAGACGAAGGCACCUACCUCGCAGCUACAGAAUACAUCCAAUCCACCGCCCAACACACCCAAAUCUGCGACCGCUGCCACGAUCUCCUCCACCACAACAAGGGUGUCUCCAUCCCUUCACCUUCUAUCGACUCCAUAGCUGCCUACCUCGACGAAUCGCCCCAUCGUAUGAACCGUGUAUACCAUGUGAUCGAUGCCGCUGAUUUCCCCAUGUCUCUUCUACCGAAUAUAUAUGAAGCACUCGACCUCCAGGAUCAACGAUCACGGAAUCGAAGAUCCAAAACCGAGAAAUACAAGUAUGGCAAAAGAAUGACUACGAUAAACUUUGUGAUUACGCGUGCGGAUCUGUUGGCCGCGACUAAGGAGCAGGUCGAUACAUUGAUGAAGCGUAUCCGAGAGAUCAUUCUCAAAAAGAUGGAUAUGAGGCGAGAAGAUGUGCGGUUGGGCAAUGUACAUAUGAUUAGCGCUCAUCGCGGGUGGUGGACUACACAAGUCAAGGAGGAGAUUCGGCAGCAUGGUGGUGGUGUAUGGAUAGUCGGAAAGGCGAACGUUGGAAAGAGUAGUUUCAUCGAGUCUUGUUUUCCAAAGGACUCGAAGAAUCUGGACAAGAUUGCGCAUUUGUUGGAAAGUCGGAAAGAGGAAGAUGCCCUCAAAACUCCCAAUGAUCAUACGCCUGAAACGACACCAUACUUGGAUCCAGACGCCCUUCUGCCUCCCGCACCACGCGAGGAACUCUAUCCAACACUCCCCGUCGUCUCAAGUCUGCCAGGCACGACUGUUGGACCAAUUCGUAUCCCUUUUGGCCGCGGGCACGGCGAAAUGAUUGACCUUCCGGGCCUCGACCGCGGCACACUUCAAGAUUUUAUGGUAGACGAACACAAAUCCGACCUGAUAAUGACCAAACGCAUCCAACCCCCUGAACAACUCAGCAUCCGCUCCCGCCAAUCUCUGCUCAUUGGCGGCGGCCUCGUCCGCAUAACCCCCAAAGAUCUCCCUGAAGAUUGCACAGUGCUAGCAGCAUGCUUCGUCCCACUCGAAACGCACACGACCCGCACGGAAAAGGCAAUCGAAAUCCAGUCCGGGGUGCGAAAGUACAACACUGGCGGCGGCGAUCGCGGCAACAGCGUAAUAAAACCCGAACAUCUAGCCGAUGAAGCAACCACUAUCCGAUCAGCGGGCACCUUCACGCUCUCCACGGACGUAACGCUGAGCCAUCUACCGAGCAUGAUCAGGAAGAAAUGGGACGAUCACGGCAUACGGCCCAACCUCGACACAUUACCAUACCGCGUCUAUGCGACAGAUAUCCUAAUCGAGGGGUGCGGAUGGAUCGAAUUAACCGCACAAGUCCGCACUCGAAGAAGUUCGCUGCAGAACGAUCUACCACAGAUAGAAGUCUUCACGCCCCUAGGCAAACACAUUGCCGCCCGACAACCACUCGAAACUUGGAACUUCAUCCGCGACAAACGCAAGGCCGAGAAACGGAAACGGUUUACCUCGGGGGCUCAUAGACCUCGGCGCGGAAAUAUAAGUCAUAAGAAGAGGACGUUGCAUGGUGGGAAGGGUGCUUAA